AUGGCUACAAGUGUUAAGAGAAAGGCAUCCGAGACUUCCGAUCAAAAUAUUGCAGAAGAGCACAAAAAACGUUCCACACAGGAAAGCACAACUCAUUAUGGGAAAGAAGAAAACGGCCGCAACAAUCAAAUUGACAACGUGCAUGUAAUGCCCGAAGAAGAAGAUGAUGACGGAAGCGACACUUCACCUCAAGACCAGGAAAUCGCGGCAAACAAUACUGCUUCUCGCCGCAAUGGAAGGGCCACCGCAACAGAGUCUCACAAUAUUCACAUAGCUAGAGAGACUGCUGAACUAUUCAAAUCUAAUAUCUUCAAGUUACAAAUCGAUGAGUUAUUGGAGCAAGUGAAGUUGAAAGAAAAACAUGUUUUGAAAGUAGAAAAGUUCUUGCACAAACUAUAUGAUAUCCUACAAGAGAUUCCUGACUGGGAAGAAAAGACAUUGGCUGAAGUGGACUCUUUCUUCAGGAACAAGGUAGUUUCUGUUCCAUUUGUUGACCCCAAACCUAUAGCUCAAACUACUAAUUAUAAAUUCAAUUACAAAAAACCAGAUAUCUCUUUAAUUGGCUCCUUUGCACUCAAAGCUGGAAUUUAUCAGCCCAACGGUUCUUCUAUUGAUACUUUACUAACAAUGCCAAAAGAGUUAUUCGAAAAAAAAGAUUUCUUGAAUUUCAGGUGCUUACAUAAGAGAAGUGUUUAUUUGGCAUACCUUACCCAUAACCUAUCAAUAUCAUUGAAGAAACAUAAAUUAGAUUCAUUUUUACAACUUGAGUAUUCUUAUUUUGAUAAUGAUCCGCUCUUACCGAUUCUAAGAAUCUUUUGUUCCAAGCCGACAAGUGAUUCUCCAUCUGAAUACAAUUUUUACAAGACCAGAUUCUCCAUCAAUUUAGUUAUUGGUUUUCCUUAUAAGGCCUUUGAACCAAAAAAACUGUUACCCAACAGAAACUGUAUCAGAAUAGCACAAGAAGGUAAAGAAGUUUCUUUACCAGCUACUCCUCUUUACAACUUUUCAGUAUUAUCUUCAACAACUCAUGAAAACUAUUUGAAGUACUUAUACAAGACCAAAAAGCAAACAGAAUCGUUCAUAGAAGCCACCGUUUUGGGUAGAUUAUGGUUACAGCAACGUGGAUUUUCAUCCAAUAUGUCUCAUUCUGGUUCGUUAGGCGGAUUCGGCACUUUCGAAUUUACUAUCUUAAUGGCAGCGUUAUUGAAUGGAGGUGGUGUCAACAGUAACAAGAUUUUACUUCACGGGUUUUCAUCCUACCAAUUGUUCAAAGGUGUAAUAAAGUAUUUGGCUACAAUGGACUUAUGUCAUGAUGGUCAUUUACAAUUCCAUUCCGAUGCAGAGAAUACUUCUAGCUCGCCAGCUUCUAAGUAUAUCGAUGAAGGUUUCCAAACUCCAACGUUAUUUGAUAAAUCGACCAAGGUUAAUAUCUUGACAAAGAUGACUGUUUCCUCUUAUCAAGUUUUGAAAGAAUAUGCUAUUGAAACACUAAGAAUGUUGAACAAUGUGGUUCAAGACCAAUUUUCAAAUAUUUUCUUAACCAAUAUUAGCCGUUUUGAUAAUUUGAAAUAUGAUUUAUGUUACGACGUACAGUUACCUUUAGGAAAGUACAAUAAUUUGGAAAUUUCUUUGGCUGCGACAUUUGGUUCAAUGGAAAGAGUUAAAUUUGUCACUUUGGAAAAUUUUCUUGCACACAAGAUUACAAACGUUGCAAGAUACGCAUUGGGCGAUAGAAUCAAAUUUGUUCAAAUUGAGAUGGUUGGACAAAAAUCCAACUUUCCCAUCACCAAAAGGAAAGUGUAUUCAAAUACAGGAGGAAACCACUUCAAUUUUGAUUUUGUAAGACUAAAAUUGCUAGUUAAUCCUGCUGAAUGUGAAAAGUUAGUCACUAAGGGCCCUGCUCAUUCCGAAAACAUGUCUACUGAAGCGGCUGUUUUCAAAAAUUUCUGGGGAAUUAAGUCCUCUUUAAGAAGAUUCAAAGACGGCUCUAUUACACACUGUUGUGUUUGGUCUACAUCCUCAUCAGAACCUAUUAUUUCCUCAAUUGUUGAUUUUGUAUUGCAGAAGCAUAUUUCAAAAAAGGCACAAGUAUCAAACAAAUCAACUAAGCAGUUUCAUAAUUUUCUGCCCUUGCCAAACUUACCCUCAAGUGCUAAAAUAUCUGUUUUGAACUUGAGCAGUUUUUUCAACUUAAAAAAAGCCUUUGACGAUCUUUACAAAAUUGUUUUCCAAAUGAAACUACCACUUUCUGUAAAAUCCAUCUUACCAGUUGGCUCUGCAUUUAGAUACACUUCCUUAUGCCAACCAGUACCAUUCGCAUACUCAGAUCCCGAUUUCUUUCAAGACGUCAUUUUGGAAUUUGAAACCUCACCUAAAUGGCCAGAUGAAAUAACUUCUUUGGAGAAGGCUAAAACUGCUUUCCUACUCAAGAUUCAAGAAGAUCUAACCACUAAUCGUCCAAGUUAUAAAUCAUUUUUUACAAGAGAUGAAUCCAUUCCAUACAAUUUAGAGGUUGUAACUUUAAAUGUCUUGGCACCAGAAGGUUAUGGGUUCAAAUUCAGAAUUUUAACUGAGCGUGAUGAAAUUCUUUAUUUGAGGGCUAUAUCAAAUGCUAGAAAUGAGCUAAAGCCAGAAUUAGAGAAAACUUUCUUGAAGUUCACAGCCAAAUAUCUGGCUUCCGUGAGACAUACACGCAAUUUGGAGAAUAUAUCCCAUUCAUAUCAAUUCUAUUCCCCUGUGGUAAGAUUAUUCAAAAGAUGGUUAGACACUCACCUGCUACUUGGCCAUAUAACUGAUGAGUUGGCAGAAUUAAUUGCUAUCAAACCGUUUGUUGAUUCUGCGCCGUAUUUCAUUCCUGGGUCUGUUGAAAAUGGGUUCCUUAAAGUGUUAAAAUUCAUAAGUCAAUGGAACUGGAAAGAUGACCCAUUGAUUUUAGAUUUGGUAAAACCAGAAGAUGAUAUAGAGAAUUCACUUGAAACUAGUAUUGGUGCUGGUUCAGAACUGGACUCCAAAACUAUGAAAAUGCUUUCUGAAAGAUUGACCUUAUCUCAAUAUAAGGGUAUCCAAAUGAACUUCCAAAACUUGAGGAACAGUGAUCCAAACGGUACACAUUUGCAGUUUUUCGUAGCCUCCAAGAAUGAUCCAAGUGGUAUUCUAUAUUCAUCCGGUAUUCCAUUGCCUAUUGCCACAAGACUGACAGCACUAGCUAAAGUAGCUGUUAAUUUGCUACAGACACAUGGUCUAAAUCAGCAGACUAUCGAUUUAUUAUUCACACCCGGAUUAAAAGAUUAUGAUUUUGUCAUUGACUUGAGAACACCGGUAGGCUUGAAGCCCUCAUGUGGUAUACUUUCAGCUACAGAGUUUAAAAACAUCACUAAUGAUCAAGCUCCAUCCCUAUUUCCAGAAGAUUUAAGUGAUUUAAGUAAAAAAAUGGAUCCAACGUACCAACUGGUAAAAUAUUUGAAUUUGAAGUAUAAGAACAGUUUGAUUCUAUCGAGCCGUAAGUAUAUAGGUGUAAAUGGUGGUGAGAAGGGAGAUAGAAAUGUCAUCACAGGAUUAAUAAAACCACUUUUCCAAGGAACUCACAAAUUUAAAAUCAACUUAGAUUGCAACAUCAGACCUGUAGAUGAUGACAAUGUUGUUUUAAAUAAAGAAGCCAUAUUCCAUGAGAUUGCUGCAUUUGGAAAUGAUAUGGUGAUAAAAUUCGAAACCGAUUAA